AUGACUAUAAGUAGACUUCCAGUCAUUGCGCUAACGCUAGUUAGCAUUGGCUCGAAAAACUAUACUACAUGACCAAAAGUCUGUGGACACCUGCUCGUCGAACAUCUCAUUCCAAAAUCAUGGGAAUUAUUAUGGAGUUGGUCCCCACUUUGCUGCUAUAACAGCCUCCACUCUUCUGGGAAGGCUUUCCACCAGAUGUUGGAACAUUGCUGUGGGGACUUGCUUCCAUUCAGCCACAAGAGCCUUAGUGAGGUCGGGCACUGAUGUUGGGCGAUUACGCUUGGCUCGCAGUCUAUGUUCCAAUUCAUCCCAAAGGUGUUCGAUGGGGUGGAGGUCAGGGCUCUGUGCAGGCCAGUCAAGUUAUUCCACACCAAUCUUGACAAACCAUUUCUGUAGGGACCUCGCUUUGUGCACGGGGGCAUUGUCAUGCUGAAACAGGAAAGGGCCUUCCCCAAACUGUUGCCACAAAGUUGGAAGCACAGAAUCGUCUAGUAUGUCAUUGUAUGCUGUAGCGCUAAGAUUUCCUGUCACUGGAACUAAGGGGCCUGAACAGUGAAAAACAGCCACAGACAAUUAUUCCUCCUCCACCAAACUUUACAGUUGGCACUAUGCAUUUGGACAGGUAGCGUUCUCCUGGCAUCCUCCAAACACAGAUUUGUCCUUUGGACUGCCAGAUGGUGACGGAUGAAUUAUCCCUUCAGAGAACGCGUUUCCACUGCUCCAGAGUCCAAUGGCGGUGAGCUUUACACCACUCCAGCCGACACUUGGCAUUGCGCAUGGUGAUCUUAGGCUUGCUCGGCCAUGGAAACCCAUUUUAUGAAGCUCCUGAUGAACAGUUAUUGUGCUGACGUUGCUUCCAGAGGCAGUUUGGAACUCGGUAGUGAGUGUUGCAACCGAGGACAGACAAUCUUUAUGCACUACAUGCUUCAGCACUCGUGGUCCUGUUCUGUGAGCUUGUGUGGCCUACCACUUCACGGCUGAGCCGUUGUUGCUCCUAGACGUUUCCACUUCACAAUAACAGCAUUUACAUUUGACCGGGGCAGCUCUAGCAGGGCAGAAAUUUAACAAACUGACUUGUUGGAAAGGUGGCAUCCUAUGACGGUGCUGCGUUGAAAGUCACUGAGCUCUUCAGUGAGGCCAUUAUACUGCCUAUGUUUGUCUAUGGAGAUUGCAUGGCGGUGUGCUCGAUUUCAUACACCCGUCAGCAACGGGUGUGGCUUAAAUUUGAAGUGGUGUCCACAUACUUUUAUAUAUAUAGUGGACCUUUAACUUCCAUGAGUUAAUUAAACUCUGGGCAAGUUGCCUCAUUGCCAAAAUCCUGAUCUAUCCCUUUAAUGUUCAGAGGCAUGCAUUAAGCUCUGAUUGGCCUCUCACUGCACCCAAACUAACAAUAUCCUGGUGCCAUGAUAAACACUGCAGCCAUUAUUUUCUGCUUCCAGUGAUCUACAGUACAUACUCAGGCUCCAGAUGUGGAGAAGAUAACAGCAGCCAGUGCAGUAUGUGUGUGUUUGUGUGCAGUGCAGUGGGGGAAAGGUAUUCAACUGGAUUGAAGUAGGAGGGCCUCCCUAUACAGAUCCCUAUCCAGAUUGGUUGGACUGAUAAGUAGGCUACAGCUUUGAAGCUUUGAAGUUCCCAUUAAUUAUGUUUUAGUUAGUAUAUCACUGAAUGCUGACACGACGGAAAAUCGAGGAAGAAAAACCUUCAUGGUAAUAUCAUAAUUAAGAUCCUACAGAUUUGAGGGUAAAGGUAGAGCAGAGAAUAGAAGAUAGAGACCCUUCUGUUUUUGCCUUACCUUCCCCUCUCACGUCCUUCCUCCAUCCCUUCUAUACCUUCUCCACCCCUCCUGCUCCUCCUCCAACUCACCUCCACCCCUUGUAGGUCCUGAGAGAUCUCUUGGGCCACUGAAACAAAACAACAGUUUGACAGUAGAAUGGUGCUUUUGAAGAACUGUUUAUUGAAGACUAAUUAUGCUCUCUGGGCUGAUACAGUUCCUCAGAAAAGUCCUCUAAUGUUCCUGUGAACACAGAAACCCAGUCCUCUACAGGACAGUGUAUUUUGACUGUCUGACAUGGUGGAUGGGCUGCCGUGGACCUGUGUGUUUAUCCUACUGCUAAUACGCAGAUGUGUACGUCUCUGCGUGCAAUCUGUGUGUCCGUGUGUGUCCGUGUGACAGUGUGUGUGUGUGUCGUUGUGUGGGUCUGGUGUUUCUCUUGCUCUGUUUACACAUCCCUUACAAAAAAAACAUGAAAAAACAAGUGAACAAACUCAGACACGUGGUUUCCCAACACUUCACAUGUGAUAUUAUAAGUUUCACAUUUGUGCCCUUGUAACCGGCGGGAUUAAACCUGGCCACGAAAGAAGCCAACAUCUUGACCAUUAGAUCAAAAAAAAGGCCAACACUAUUUGUGAAGUCGCAUGCAGGGCUACCUCAUCAUGUAACCAUGAGCAACCAUGACUGACACAUGUCCGGUACACUUUCACAUGUGCAUUUUCACAUUUUAAUGUCAAUUUUAACUAGGGCUGUCAAAAUAUUUGUUAACAAUGCAAUCGGGUUAACAGGAUUUUCUAUGAUUAAUCACGAUUCAUCGCAAAUUCAGAAUUUGCUCAAAUGUAGCUGCAAAUUAAGAUUGUUUUAUACAAAAAGCAUUACAAGAAUAUUGAAAAAUCCAUUUGUCUUUGAUUUUAGCUAAAUCUGGUAAAUUACAAUACAUACAAUUUUCCUUCACAGUACUAUUUAACCUCAAUGUCAACUUGUUUUGACAUUGCAUUGCUGUUUUUAGUGGUAUAUAUUAUGUAUUUUGGAUGUUUUCAGACAAUGCGAUUAAUCAGGAAGUUAGUGCACAACAAUUACAAAACGUUCAUUCGCGUUAACUGAUUAACUCUGACAGUCCUAAUUUUAACAUGUUAAACAGGAUAAAUAAGGAGACAUCUGAGACGCCAUCUUGUUGUCAUUGCAUAUAAAAGUGCGCCUAAGUUGAAAAAUGUAGGAGCACACAGUCAGUCAGACAAUUUGCAUAGAGCAUAGCUAGUGUCAGUUGGACAUUUUUACUAAGGCCCAAAUUUAGGAUUACACAUUAAAAUUGCUUAAAUUUAAAUUGACACCUGUCAGAUGGAUGGAUUAUCUUGGUAAAGGAGAAAUGCUCACUAACAGGGAUGUAAACAAAUUUGUGCACACAGUCUGAGAGAAAUAAGCUUUUUGUGCGUAUGGAAAAUUUCAGGGAUAUUUUAUUUCAGCUAAUGAAACUCUUUACAUGUUGCGUUUAUAUUUUUGUUCAGUGUACAUACAGUGCAUUCGGAAAGGAUUCAGACCCCUUACCUUUCCACAUUUUGUUACGUUACAGCCUUAUUCUAAAAUGGAUUAAAACAUACUCAUCAAUCUACACACAAUACCCCAUAAUGACAAAGCAAAAACAGGUUUUUAGAAUUUUUUGCAAAUGUAUAAAAAACAACAACUGAAAUAUAACAUUUACAUAAGUAUUCAGAACCUUUACUCAGUACUUUGUUGAAGCACCUUUGGCAGCAAUUACAGCCUCGAGUCUUCAUCUUAAGUCAGGUUGGAUGGGGAGCGUCGCUGCACAGCUAUUUUCAGGUCUCUCCAGAGAUGUUCGAUCGGGUGCAGGUCCGGGCUCUGGCUGGGCCACUCAAGGACAUUCAGAGACUUGUCCCGAAGCCACUCCUGCGUUGUCUUGCCUGUGUGGAAGGUGAAGCUUCGCUCCAGUCUGAUGUCCUGUGCGCUCUGGAGCAGGUUUUCGUCAAGGAUCUCUCUGUACUUAGCUCUGUUCAUCUUUCCAGCGAUCCUGACUAGUCUCCCAGUCCCUACCGCUGAAAAACAUCCCCACAGCAUGAUGCUGCCACCACCAUGCUUCAUUGUAGGGAUGGUGCCUGGUUUCCUCCAGACAUGAUGCUUGGCAUUCAGUUCAAAGAGUUCAAUCUUGGUUCAUCAGACCAGAGAAUGUUGUUUCUCAUGGUCUGAGUCCUUUAGGUCCCUUUUGGCAAACUUCAAGCGGGCUGUCAUGUGCCUUUUACUGAGGAGUGGCUUCCGUCUGGCCACUCUACCAUAAAGGGCUGAUUGGUGGAGUGCUGCAGAGAUGGUUGUCCCAUCUCCACAGUGAAACUCUGGAGCUCUGUCAGAGCUCUGUCCCUUGAUUGCUCAGUUUGGCCGGGCGGCAAGCUCUAGGAAGAGUCUUGGUGGUUUCAAACUUCUUCCAUUUAAGAAUGAUGGAGGCCACUGUGUUCUUGGGGACCUUCAAUGCGGCAGAAAUGUUUUGGUACCCUUCCCCAGAUCUGUGCCUCGACACAAUCCUGUCUUGGAGCUCUACGGACAAUUUCUUCGACCUCAUGGCUUGGUUUUUGCUCUGACAUGCACUGUCAACUGUGGGACCUUAUAUAGACAGGUGUGUGCCUUUCCAAAUCAUGUCCAAUCAAUUUAAUUUACCACAGGUGGACUCCAAUCAAGUUGUAGAAACAUCUCAAGGAUGAUCAAUGGAAAGAAGAUGCACCUGAGCUCAAUUUCGAGUCUCAAAGCAAACGGUCUGAAUACUUACACUACCGUUCAAAAGUUUGGGGUCACUUAGAAAUGUCCUUGUUUUCGAAAGAAAAGCAUUUUUUUGUCCAUUAAAAUCACAUCAAAAUUAUCAGAAAUACAGUGUAGACAUUGUUAAUGUUGUAAAUGGCUAUCGUAGCUGGAAACGGCUGAUUUUUAAUGGAAUAUCUACAUAGGCGUACGGAGGCCCAUUAUCGGCGACCAUCAGUCCUGUGUUCCAAUGGCACGUUGUGUUUGCUAAUCCAAGUUUAUCAUUUUAAAAGGCUAAUUGAUCAUUAGAAAACCCUUUUGCAAUUAUGUUAGCACAGCUGAAAACUGUUGUGCUGAUUAAAGAAGCAAUAAAACUGGCCUUCUUGAGACUAGUUGAGUGUCUGGAGCAUCAGCAAUUGUGGGUUCGAUUACAGGCUUAAAAUGGCCAGAAACAAAGUACUUUCUUCUGAAACUCGUCAGUCUAUUCUUGUUCUGAGAAAUUAAGGCUAUUCCUUGCGAGAAAUUGCCAAGAAACUGAAGAUCUCGUACAACGCUAUGUACUACUCCCUUCACAGAACAGCGCAAACUGGCUCUAACCAGAAUAGAAAGAGGAGUGGGAGGCCCCGGUGCACAACUGAGCAAGAGGACAAAUACAUUAGAGUGUCUAGUUUGAGAAACAGAUGCCUCACAGGUCCUCAAGUGGCAGCUUCAUUAAAUAGUACCUGCAAAACACCAGUCUCAACGUCAACAGUAAAGAGACGACUCCGGGAUGCUGACCUUCUAGGCAGAGUUGCAAAGAAAAAUAUGUAUCUCAGACUGGCCAAUAAAUAGAAAAUAUUAAGAAGGCCAGUCUGAGAUAUGGCUUUAUGUCGGUGAUCAGGCCUACUACCUUCGUGUCGUCUGCAAACUUAAUGAUGGUGUUGGAGUCAUGUGCAGCCACGCCGUCGUGGGUGAACAGGGAGUACAGGAGUGGACUAAGCACGUACCUGAGGGUCAGCGUGGCGGAUGUGUUGUUGCCUACCCUCACCACCUGGGGGCGGCUCAUCAGGAAGUCCAGGAUCCAGUUGCAGAGGUGAGGUGUUUAACCCCAGGGUCCUUAGUUUAGGGAUAAGCUUGGAGGGCACAAUGGUGAGCUGUAGUAAAUUAAUAGCAUUCUCACGUAGGUCCAAGAAAUCCACAGGGGCUGACCAAUUGGAACCGGGUCUGCUCAAGUGUGCUGCCCCCUCAUUGCUGGUUCAGUAACCCAUAUCUUAAAUCUAACAUUGUUGUCAGGAAAUAUUCCAAAAGUAUGGACAACCGCUUAUGUGCUGCCACUCCAUAAGGGCGGGGAUAGUAGUGAUCUUGAUAAUUAUCGUCUCAUCUCCAGGCUUCCAUGUCUAACUAAGAUUUUUGAAUCUUUGGAAAUAAGCAACUUCGCUCUUUUUUAUCUGAGUAUGGUAGAGUAUUUUGAAUAUAAAUCAAAUCUGGGUUUAGGCCAGGGCACAACACUAUCACAGUAACCACAUUAGUUGUUAAUGAUAUUGUAAUGCUUUAGACGCUAAUAUGAAUUGUACUGCCUUGUUUGUGGACCUGUCAAAAGCGUUUGAUACUGUUGAUCAUGCUAUUUUAUUGAAAAAGUUGUCCUCAAUUUGCCUGGGCUCUGAAGCCUGCUCAUGGCUUCAUGAUUAUCUUAGUAACAGAACUCAGGCCACCGUGAUUGAUGGGGUUAAGUCCGAAUUUCUUGAAGUACGUUAAAGGUGUUCCGCAGGGAUCGAUACUAGGACCUGCUCUUUUCACUAUUUAUAUAAAUACUAUUGGUCAAUCUGUGAGAAAAUUAAAAUGUAAUCUAUAUGGAGAUGAUACUAUUAUGUACGCUAUUGCCCAGACUGCUGACCUGGCUGUGACAAGGCUACAUUCCGAAAUUGCAGCUGUGCAGGAAGCCCUUACUGAUUUAAAACUUGUGUUUAAUACGGGCAAAACUAAAUACAUGUUGUUUUCAAGUUCUCGUAAGAUUGUCUCAGAUGGAUUACAUCUUCACUGAUCGGAUGGUUCUAUUAUCGAAUGAGUUCCUUCAUACAAAUACCUUGGUAUUUGGAUUGACAAUGAUUUAACGUUUAAAAAACAAACAAAUUAGCUUGUUAAGAAGCUAAGAUUUAAAGUGGGCUUUUUUUUACAGAAACAGAUCUUGCCUCUCUCUAGUCAGCAGGAAGCAGAUUGUGUAGUCAACCUUUCUACCUGUUCUUGAUUAUGGUGAUACUAUUUAUCAAAUUGCAGCUGCCACUACACUUAAACCCCUGGAUGCCAUUUAUCAUAGCGCCCAUCGUUGUAUUACAGGAUACAGUUGUAUUUCUCAUCACUGCAUUCUUUACCGAAAAGUUGGCUGAACCUCUUUAAAGUCACCUAGAUCACGUCAUUACACUCUUUUUGUUUACAAAAUCCUGCUCCACAAGCUUCCAACUUACCUAACUUCACUGUUAAGAUUUAAAAUGACAAGUUAUCAAACCCGUUCACAGGGUUGGCUACCUCUGGAGACUCUUUUGGUGUCUACAGAGUUAGGAAAUCAGCCUUUAACUUCCUUGCAACCUAUGCUUGGAAUAAUCUCCAAAAGACAGUUUGAUUGGAUGCUUUGGUGUCCCUAGAGCCAUUCAAACAGCUGACAGAGGAGUUUUAUAAUGAAGAAUAUGUUUGUUUUAAUUGACUGUGUUUUGUAUCUUAAUGUGCAUUUAAUGUGUAUAUUGUGUAUACAGUGCCUUUCAAAAGUAUUCAUCCCCUUUGGCGUUUUUCCUACUUUGUUUCAUUACAACCUGUAAUUUAAAUGGAUUUUUAUUUGGAUUUCAUGUAAUGGACAUACACAAAAUAGUCCAAAUUGGUGGUGAAAUGAAAAAAUUAAAUAACGGAAAAGUGGUGUGUGCAUAUGUAUUCACCCCCUUUGCUAUGAAGCCCCUAAAUAAGAUCUGGUGCAACCAAUUACCUUCAGAAGUCACAAAAUUAGUUAAAUAAAGUCCACCUGUGUGCAAUCUAAGUGUCACAUGAUCUGUCACAUGAUCUCAGUAUAUAUACACCUGUUCUGAAAGGCCCCAGAGUCUGCAACACCACUAAGCAAGGGGCACCACCAAGCAAGCGGCACCAUGAAAACCAAGGAGCUCUCCAAACAGGUCAGGGACAAAGUUGUGGAGAAGUACAGAUCAGGGUUGGGUUAUAAAAAAAUAUCUGAAACUUUGAACAUCCCACGGAGCACCAUUAAAUCCAUCAUUAAAAAAUGAAAGAAUAUGGCACCACAACAAACCUGCCAAGAGAGGGCCGCCCACCAAAACUCACGGACCAGGCAAGGAGGGAAUCAAUCAGAGAGGCAACAAAGAGACCAAAGAUAAUCCUGAAGGAGUUGCAAGCGCCACAGUGGAGAUUGGAGUAUCUGUCCAUAGGACCACUUUAAGCCGUACACUCCACAGAGCUGGGCUUUACAGAAGAGUGGCCAGAAAAAAGCCAUUGCUUGAAGAAAAAAAUAAGCAAACACGUUUGGUGUUCGCCAAAAGGCAUGUGGGAGACUCCCCAAACAUAUGGAAGAAGGUACUCUGGUCAGAUGAGACUAAAAUUGAGCUUUUUGGCCAUCAAGGAAAACGCUAUGUCUGGCGCAAACCCACCUCUCAUCACCCCGAGAACACCAUCCCCACAGUGAAGCAUGGUGGUGGCAGCAUCAUGCUGUGGGGAUGUUUUUCAUCGGCAGGGACUGGGAAACUUGUCAGAAUUGAAGGAAUGAUGUAUGGCGCUAAAUACAGGGACAUUCUUGAGGGAAACCUGUUUCAGUCUUCCAGAGAUUUGAGACUGGGACGGAGGUUCAUCUUACAGCAGGACAAUGACCCUAAGCAUACUGCUAAAGCAACACUUGAGUGGUUUAAGGGGAAACAUUUAAAUGUCUUGGAAUGGCCUAGUCAAAGCCCAGACCUCAAUCCAAUUGAGAAUCUGUGGUAUGAUUUAAAGAUUGCUGUACACCAGCAGAACCCAUCCAACUUGAAGGAGCUGGAGCAGUUUUGCCUUGAAGACUAGGCAAAAAUCCCAGUGGCUAGAUGUGCCAAGCUUAUAGAGACAUACCCCAAGAGACUUGCAGCUGUAAUUGCUGCAAAAGGUGGCUCUACAAAGUAUUGACUUUGGGGGGGUGAAUAGUUAUGCACGCUCAAGUUUUCAGUUUUUUUGUCUUAUUUCUUGUUUGUUUCACACACAAAAAUAUUUUGCAUCUUCAAAGAGUAAAUCAAAUGAUUCAACCCCCCCCCAAAAUCAAUUUUAAUUCCAGGUUGUAAGGCAACAAAAUAGGAAAAAUGCCAAGGGGGGUGAAUACUUUCGCAAGCCACUGAUUUUAUGUUUAUCUAUACUUGCCUAUUGAUGUGGUCUUUUGUUGUUUUUUCUCAUUUGCAAAAGAGACUUUAGUCUCAAUAUGACUUCCCUGUUGAAAUAAAGGGAAAUAAUAAAAGGGAAAAAAUGGGGUAAAGAUUUGAAGAUGAAUAUUCAAUAAAUGGAAUGGAGAAAUGUGUGAAAAAAUAUAUAUUUUAAAACGUGCAGAGAGUCUAAAACACAAAUUGUUGAGUAUAAUGUAAUUAAUAGAAUUUACCGGACUCCCUCUAAAAUGUACAAGGCAAACAUGACAACCAACAGCAGAUGUUGGAGGUGUAAAUCAGAUGACUCUGUGCUUGUACAUAUGUUGGUCAAGUGUUAGAAAAUAAUAUUAUCUCUAUUUCAAGGAGAAAUAGAAAUAGACUACAUACAAAUGCAGCUUUUAUCUUGCUGGGAAUUAAUCUCCCAGAAAAGACACCAAAUGUUUUCAUGCUCAGGACACCAACUCUGAUUGCUAAAAGAGACAUUUUAAGCAAUUGGAAAGAGGAGCAGCUGCGUUCAUUUGCAGAAUGCUCCAACUGUCAAUGAGCUCUGUCAAAUUUGAGAAAACUAUUGAAAAUCUAAAUUAUAAUCAUGACUGCAAUUUUAUCAUUAUUCAUACUAUCAAUUACCUAUCCAUUUAUUUAUUGUUUUAGAAAUGUUGUUGCAGCCCUCCCAUAUAUGCAACAUUUUUGUUUAGAUUUUUUCUUAGGAUGAAAUUGUGAUAUGCAAAGAAAAGAAAUGUGCUAUUAUGAGUCAAAAAAUAAUUUUCACCAGGAUGAGAGAGAACAAUGUUGUGUUAUGUGUGUUUUGUUGUUUGGUUAGUGUGAUAUGUUGUUUGUGUUGUAAAUAAAUAAUAAUAUUUAAAAAAGAGUGAUAUUACCCCCUGCUCUACAAAUCUCCACCGCCACGCAUUCGUGUUCACUGGAGCCAGUAAUUGCUCUAUGUGCUACACCUUCUUUGAAAAAUGUAGCACACCCACCACCCAAACCCUCCAUUCUAUCAGUCCUCACAAAAAUAAACCCCGGUAUAACAAAAUCCACCUGAUGUUUAAGCCACGUUUCUUGUAUACACACCACGUCCGGUCAAACAUCUAAAUCAUGAAUACACUUCUUCAAUUCAUGUCCACUGGCGAUCAAACUCCAUUGGACAACAAGGAACACUAUAAUACUACUUAGGAUCCUGAUCAUCAUUAGGAGUAUGACUAAGCAUCCAAUGUAUAAUUUGUACUGAAACUUCAGAAAUCCCCAUAAUUUCAUUGGCUGCCUUCACUACUUCCAUUAUUAUUCCAGUCCUGCUCUUAUGUACAGCACUUAUAUUGAUUGACCUACACAAGAAGACUAAGAAGUCAUGAUUUACAACCAUGGUUUUCUUCGUAACUGGGCAUUUAUGCUCGCAUAUCACAUUGACAGUUGCUGAGGUGCUAAAGGCCUGCUCGGAGCAGCCACUCUCUGCUGACAUGCUGGAGCCGGAGCAAUCUGAACAAUAGUUUUGUUGUUCACUUUCUAAGCAGCUUCAGCAUAAGAUACAUUAUUAUUAUUAUUCCUGAUAUAACUAUUUUUUUAAAAUAAGGACAUUGUGUGCAGAAUUCAUUCAUCGGUAUCAUCACAAUCCAAUUCCAUGUAUAGGCUGGUUUGCUCUUAGUUUUGUAGACUUGCCAUUGGCGCACAAAAACACAAUCCACAAUAUAAAUAAGUAAAGGUGAAUACAAUGGAGGAACACAACUGAUAUGAACGUAUAGGCCUCAAUCCACACCAAAGCAAAGCUCUAAAAUGGAAGGUCACAAUGUUGGAGAUCAUGACUUAGGAGUAACCCAAAGUUAUUUAGAAGUAACCCAACUUCAUUCUCUGCAUCUUUGCAUGUCCGCAAUAUUGUAAACGAUCAUAAAAAAUUGCUAAUACGUGAUUGAGAAAAACUGUAACGUUAAAAUGCACAUUUAAAUGUGAAGAUGCACAUGAAAGUGUAGCGGACAUGAGUUAGUCAGCAUUAUUUUAUUUUCAUUCAUUUUUAGUAGAAUGUCCUUUUAAAAAGUCACCAGAGCUAAGCUUCUCAGUCCUUCUACAUACAAAUUAUCUGGGGGCCCCAAAUCAAGGGGCAGGGGGAGAGACCUCCCCUUAAUUUCAAUGUCUAGUUUUGAUUAACAUUUGGUUCAGUUGUCAAAUAUCAUGAAUUCAACGUGAAAUCAACAAAACAUUUCACAAUGUCAUUGGAUUUAAGUGAAAAGUUGGAUGGAAAAAGACAAAUUUCCCCUACGUUGAUGACUUUUUUCAAGUCCAAUACAUUUUCCACGUUGUGUUAACGUCUUCACAUAUUUUUUUUUGUUAAAAUUAUGUGGAAACAACGUUGAUUCAACCAGUUUUUGCCCAGUGGGAGGGCUCUCCAACCCUGUUCCUGGUGAGCUACCCUCCUGUAGGUUUUCGUUCCAACCCCAGUUGUAACUAGUCUGAUUCAGUUUACCAGCCAGGUAAUUAUUAGAAUCCGGUGUGCUAGAUUAGGGUUGGAACGAACAGGGUUGAAGAGCCAUGAUCUAAAAGCUACCGCCUUUUAAUGAUAGAUGUGCUUGAUGAAAAGAUGUUCACUCCUGUCUGACUUCUAACCUCUCACCUCUCUCUCUCCUUUUCCACAGUUGUGGGAGACCAUACAUCAAGAUGAGCCAUGGGGAGGGUUCAAUGGACAAAGGGGACAGGAUACGCCAGACAGGUACAUCCCAUGUUUUAUCUACCUUCCUCUAGCUAAGCUUCUCAUCAUAGCUGCUGCUUCUUCAACAGCUAAUGGGGAACCAAAUAAAACAAAUCAUAACAGAUCUGAUACCAGGCUAUGCCUGCCUCACAAUAGAGAGGUGUUAUUUGUUUUGCAGCAGUGUUGAACACUUUAUGGGUGUCCCAUCUUAAUAACGCUCUCUCUAUCGUCCCAACAGAGGAUCAGAUGGUGGUGUCAUCGGACUACGACAACACCCACGAGGCCAACCACAACGACAGCAGUGAUGUAGCGCCGACAGAGGGGGACGCAGAGGGGGGCAAACCCCCCCACCAAAACCUCUUCAUGCUACCCCCAGAGGUGAGAAACAGCCGCAGCAAGCGCAGAGCUAGCUCUAGUCUUCUUCUUCCCGACUCUAUAUACACCUUCUAGGUCUUAAUAUUGGCUUAUUGGUGCAACCUCAUCGGGUAGAGGCACAGCCAGCUCAGAAGCAAAAAGGACUAACAAUGUCAAGUUGAAAAGACUCCCACUCUGGGAGCAUUUCCACCAAAAUAUCAUGUCCAGUGUGCCUCAGAGUGUUCAGUGCACAGAUUAUCCUAAACAGCCAUCGAUGUCUGACCUCCUUAUAUCAUGUGGAUGUCCUCAUUAGGAGAAGCCCCAACCAGCCCCAGAACUGUUAGUGAUGGAGGACUUGGAGCCCCUGAUGAGCCAGCUCAACAACUGGAACUUCCCCAUCUUCAGUCUGGUGGAGAAGACCCAGGGGAAGUGUGGCCGCAUCCUCAGCCAGGUGAGAAUCUGAUUGGACACCAGCCAAUCAGUCAGGACCAUCUAUCAGCCCAUUGGCCAGUCACCUUGUCAAUCAAAUAGUUUGUCUGUCAGCUGAGAAUCUGAUUCGUUGUUUGAGACAUCAGCUGUAUAUAAGAAUGAGGCCAUCUGUAAGCCCAUAGACCAGUCAGAUUGCCAAUCAGAGUUGGAGAGUAACGGAUUACAAAGAAACUGUAACUGUAAUCUGUUACAUUACCAGCAAAAAUAGUGUAAUCAGAUUACACAUACUUUUAAAACUAGAUGAUUACCUCUAGGAUUACUUUAAAAUUCAGAAAGGAAGUUUGUGAAAAAAAUGUUUCAGUUUGUUCCGCCUGAGCGAGUCUGACCACAAGUCAAAGACAACUAUAAUGACACACCAAAUGCUUUUGAUGGAUCGCAGGAAAAGAGCGGAAAUAGGCUUUUGUAGGCUACAGUCCAAGCUAUGUCUUCCAAUGGUGCGACUGCAGUCGGCAUCCAAAGAUUAUCCAACUUGAAUAAACGCUUGGAGGUAAGGACGACAGCAGUGGUGUAGUCAAUGGACGAUAAGGAUAUCACUUAUUACUAAUAUCUACUGUAUAUAGAGUAUAAUUUCGCUAUUUGCGCCUUACGGAUUGUGGUUGUUGUAUUUGUAUUUAUUAACAAUCCCCAUUAGCAGCUACUCUUCCUGGGGUCCAGCAACAUUAAGGCAGUUACAUGACAUUACAUUUCAUAACACUUUUCAUAACACAUUAAGUGUGUUCCCUCAGGCCACUACUCUACUAUCACAUAUCUACAAUACAAAAUCCAUGUGUACGUGUGUGUAGAGUGCGUGUCUUAUCAUGUGUAUGUGUGUCUGUGCCUGUGUGUGUUUCUCUUCACAGUCCCCGCUGUUCCAUAAGGUGUAUUUGUAUUUGUCUUUUAAAUCUGAUUCUACUGCUUGCAGUUAUCUGAUUGUGGAACAGAGUUCCAUGUAGCCAUGGCUAUGUGUACUACUGUGCUCCUCCCAUAGUCUGUUCUUGACUUGGGGAUUGUGAAAAGGCCUUUGGUGGCAUGUCUUUUGGGGUACGCAUAGGUGUCAGAGCUGUGUGCUAGUAGUUUAAACAGACAUCUCUGUGCAUUCAGCAUGUCAACACUUCUUACAAAAACAAGUAGUGAUGAAGUCAGUCUCUCCUCCACUUUCAGCCAUGAGAGAUUUAGAUGCAUAUUAUUAAUAUUAGCUCUCCGUGUACAUUUAAGGGCCAGCCGUGCUGCCCUGUUCUGAGCCAACUGUAAUUUUCCGAGGUCCCUCUUUGUGGCACCUGACCACACGACUGAACAAUAGUCCAGGUGCGACAAAACUAGAGCUUGUAGGACCUGCCUUGUUGAUAGUGUUGUUAAAAGGCAGAGCAGCUCUUUAUUAUAGACAGACUUCUCCCCAUCCUAGCUACUGUUGUAUCAACAUGUUUUGACCAUGACAGUUUACAAUCCAGGGUUACUCCAAGCAGUUUAGUAACCUCCACUUGCUACAUUUCCACAUUAUUUAUUACAAGAUUUAGUUGAGGUUUAGGCUUUAGUGAAGGAUUUAUCCCAAAUACAUUUAUUUUAGUUUUUGAAAUAUUUAUGACUAAUUUAUUUCUUGCCACUCAUUCUGAAACUAACUGCAGCUCUUUGUUAACUGUUGCAGUGAUUUCACUCGCUAUAGUAGCUGACGUGUAUAGUGUUGAGUCAUCCACAUACAGUUGAAGUCUGAAGUUUACAUACACUUAGGUUGGAGUCAUUUGAGUCAAUUGGAGGUGUACCUGUGGAUGUAUUUCAAGGCCUACCUUCAAACUCAGUGCCUCUUUGCUUGACAUCAUGGGAAAAUCUAAAUAAAUCAGCCAAGACCUCAGAUUUUUUUUUUGUAGACCUCCACAAGUCUGGUUCAUCCUUGGGAGCAAUUUCCAAACGCCUGAAGGUACCACGUUCAUCUGUACAAACAAUAGUACGCAAGUAUAAACACCAUGGGACCACGCAGCCAUCAUACCGCUCAGGAAGGAGACGCGUUCUGUCUCCUAGAGAUGAACGUACUUUGGUGCGAGAAGUGCAAAUCAAUCCCAGAACAACAGCAAAGGACCUUGUGAAGAUGCUGGAGGAAACAGGUACAAAAGUAUCUAUAUCCACAGUAAAACGAGUCCUAUAUCGACAUAACCUGAAAGGCCGAUCAGCAAGAAAUAGGCCACUGAUCCAAAACCACCAUAAAAAAGCCAGACUACGGUUUGCAACUGCACAUGGGGACAAAGAUCAUACUUUUUGGAGAAAUGUCCUCUGGUCUGAUAGAACAAAAUAGAACUGUUUGGCCAUAAUGACCAUCGUUAUGUUUGGAGGAAAAAGAGGGAGGCUUGCAAGCCGAAGAACACCAUCCCAUCCGUGAAGCACGGGAGUGGCAGCAUCAUGCUGUGGGGGGGCUUUGCUGCAGGAGGGACUGGUGCACUUCACAAAAUAGAUGGCAUAAUGAGGAUGGAAAAUUAUGUGGAUAUAUUGAAGCAACAUCUCAAGACAUCAGUCAGGAAGUUAAAGCUUGGUCGCAAAUGGGUCUUCCAAAUAGACAAUGACCCCAAGCAAACAUCCAAAGUUGUGGCAAAAUGGCUUAAGGACAACAAAGUCAAGGUAUUGGAGUGGCCAUCACAAAGCCAUGACCCCCAUCCUAUAGAACAUUUGUGGGCAGAACUGAAAAAGCGUGUGCGAGCAAGGAGGCCUACAAACCUGACUCAGUUACACCAGCUCUGUCAGGAGGAAUGGGCCAAAAUUCAUCCAACUUAUUGUGGGAAGCUUGUGGAAGGCUACCCGAACAGUUUGACCCAAGUUAAACAAUUUAAAGGCAAUGCUACCAAAUACUAAUUGAGUGUAUGUAAACUUCUGACCCACUGGGAAUGUGAUGAAAUAAGUAAAAGCUGAAAUAAACAUUCUCUCUACUAUUAUUCUGACAUUUCACAUUCUUAAAAUAAAGUGGUGAUCCUACCUGACCUAAAACAGGGAAUUUUUACAAGGAUUAAAUGUCAGAAAUUGUGAAAAACUGAGUUUAAAUGUAUUUGGCUAAGGUGUAUGUAAACUUCCGACUUCAACUGUACAUAGACACACUAGCUUUACUCAAGGCCAGUUGCAAGUCACUAGUAAAGAUUGAAAAAAGUAAGGGGCCUAGACAGCUGCCCUGGGGAAUUCCUGAUUCUACCUGGAUUAUGUUGUAGAGGAUUCCAUUAAAGAACACCCUCUGUGUUCUGUUAGACAGGUGACUGUUUAUUCACAAUAUAGCAGGGGGUGUAAAGCCAUAACACAUACGUUUUUUUAUCAGCAGACUAUGAUUGAUAAUAAUAAUGUCAGAAGUCGCACUGAAGUCUAACAAAACAGUUCCCACAAUCAUCAAUUUCUCUCAGCCAUUUGUGUAAGUGCCGUGCUUGUUGAAUGUCCUUCCCUAUAAGUGUGCUGAAAGUCUGUUGUCAAUUUGUUACAGUAAAAUAGCGUUGUAUCUGGUCAAACACAAUUUUUUCCAAAAGUUUACUAAGGAUGGGUAACAGGCUGAUUGGUCGGCUAUUUGAGCCAGUAAGGGGGGCUUUACUAUUCUUGGGUAGCGGAAUUAUUUUUGCUUCCCUCCAGGCCUGAGGGCACACACUUUUUAGUAGGCUAAAUUUGAAGAUAUGGCAAAUAGGAGUGGCAAUAUCGUCCGCUAUUAUCCUUCCUAAUUUUCCAUCCACAUUGUCAGAUCCUGAUGGCUUGCCAUUGUUGAUAGACAACAAUACUUUUUUCACCUCUUACACACUCACUUCACGGAAUUCAAAAUUUCAUAAUUUGAUCAGUUAUACUUGGAUGUGUAGUGUCAGCGGUUUGUUGCUGGCAUGUCAUGCCUAAGUUUGCUAAAUUUGUCAAUGAAAAAAUCAUUAAAGUAAUUGACAGUAUCAGUGGGUUUUGUGAUGAAUGAGCCAUCUGAUUCAAAGAAUGAUGGAGCUGAGCCUUUUUGCCCAAAAUUUAAUUUAAAGUGCUCCAAAGCUUUUUACUAUCAUUCUUUAUAUUAUUUAUCUUUGUUUCGUAGUAUAGUUUCUUCUUCUUUUGAUUCAGUUUAGUCACAUGAUUUCUCAGUUUGCAGUACGUUUGCCAAUCGGUUGUGCAGCCAGACUUAUUUGCCAUUCCUUUUGCCUCAUCCCUCUCAAACAUACAAUCCUCAUCAAUCCACAGGGAUUUAUACGUUUUUACAGUCAUUUUCUUAAUGGGUGCAUGCUUAUUAGUAACUGGAAUGAGCAAUUUCAUAAAUGUGUCAAGUGCAGCGUCUGGUUGCUCCUCAUUACACACCACAGACCAACAAAUAUUAUUUACAUCAACAACAUAGGAAUCACUACAAAACGUAUUAUAUGACCUCUUAUACAUGGGUGUCCAUUUAGUUAUUGUUUCAACUGUGGAUUCACCCUUUAAACAGCUGCAAAUUAUAGAGAUAUCAAAGUGUCACCAACAAAAACUUAAACAAUAGGUCUAUAGGAAAUGCACCAUAUCGCAUACAUUUUUCACAUGUAAAUAGCACUUUUCAAAAAGAGCAGCAUUUAUUUUUCAACUCAAAGCAAUGAGCCCAAUCAGUCCACCAUGACAAAAUAAACAACAGAGUAGUGUAGGCUAAUAAGUCCUUGGUUUUUGGGUUAUGCUCAGGUAAAACAAUGUGGCUAAUCUAUACUCCAAAUUUCCAAGUCCUGUUCUUGAAGAUCAAGGGCUUUUAAAUUAAUUGGAAUGACUGGAAAUCUGACAGACUUUGGUUUUUUAUGUAAACUUAAAACUUGAUAUUAUUAUCUGUAGUAGAAAGCAAUGGGUUGGAAGAAGCCUACGUAACCAACCCAUAAAGUAAAAUGCAACAUCCAUUUUAGGCCAGCUAUGUAAACUCUAACACUGAUUUAUCCUGCAAUAGAUGUCGUUAAAGUCGUAAUAUUCAUUUUUGUAUUAUUCUAAUGCCUCUUAAGGGGAAAGUAAUCUAAAAGUAACUGAAAGUAAUCAGAUUACGUUACUGUGUUUGGGUAAUCCAAAAGUUACAUUACUGAUGACGAUUUUAACUGUAACAAAUUACAUUUAGAAAGUAACCUUCCCAACCCUGUUGUCAGUCAAAGAGUCUGUCUGACAGGUGAGAAUUUGAUUGGUCCUGUGAGCUGUCUGACUCUGUAUGUGUUUCAGGUCUCUCUCAGACUAUUUGAAGACACAGGCCUAUUUGAGACUUUCAAGAUCCCUGUCCAAGAUUUCAUGAACUACUUCCAUGCUCUGGAGAAUGGGUACAGAGACAUACCAUGUAAGAACCCAGCUUAACAUUUAGUAUUUUCCCUCACUUUUAUAUUCACAUUGAAGUAUUCUCGCUUGCCAGACUCAUGGCUUACCACAGCUGCGCUGGGAAGACCAUAGAGAAUGAUAGAGGUCUGUAGUGGCCAAAAGGCAGUUUUAGCAUGGAAGCGCCAUUAAGUGCUUCCACCAUUUUAAAGUAGUCAAAGUAGUCAACUGGGUCGGGAUUCCUAUGGGUUGUAGCCUCAAUAGCGCUGCCCAUGCUAUCACAGACACUAUAAUGGCACAGAUAUAAAGAUGAGUCCUCUAUCUAUCUCUAUGGAAAAGACUACAUUGAAGUUGGGUUUUGAGUAUAAUGUAAGAAGUCACCCACUAGAGGGAAAUGUUACACUAUUUUUUUUUUCUUUCAACUCUCCAUUUCAAUUACCUUAUAUCUCUAUUCACACAACCUUACAGUAAAAACAUAAACACCAUGACAGUGCAUCCUAGUGGACAUCAUCAGUACUACAGCCUCUCUUCUCCCUCUCCAUGCUAAGAUCACAACAGGAUCCAUGCUACAGAUGUGCUCCAUGCUGUCUGGUACCUUACCACCCAGGCAGUGCCAGGUCUGCCCAGGCUCAUCACCGACCAUGGCUCUGCCAGUGACUCAGGUGGGUGCCAGACCAUGCCAGGCCAGACAGAGCUGAGGAGGGGUAGCGGACAGGACACACUCAGUGGUGAUGAGAAGGAGUGGAGAGUAAAAGUUCCAGAACAAGUUCGAGUUUAUAUGUGAUGUGUAAUAUUGGAAGCCAAAAUCCAUCAUCAUGAUACUUCUUGCUCUUCGUUGAUGUUGGGCAUCAGGAGACAAGCGUUAUAUCUUGAGAACUUGACAUAUGCAGGUUUUUCGGACUGUAUAAAAAAAAAGUGGAUUUGUAUUUUUUUGAGUAAAAUGUACAUUUACAUUUUAGUCUUUAGCAAACGCUCUUAUCCAAAGCGACUUACAGCUGCAAUUAGGGUUAAGUGCCUUGGUCAAGGGCACAUCGGCAGAUUUUUCACCUAGUCGGCUCAGGGAUUAGAUUGUAAAUGUAAUAUCAUUAUGUUAGCUAUGGUUGUCACCUUCAGUAACAUUUUCAUUUUGUACUAAUAGAAGAGACGUAAGCGUAAGUUAGAAAACAAUGCUAACAAGGGUCUUAAUUCAAUUUGUAUCAAUCUGAUUAACUUUUGCCAUUGAUUUAAUUUAGCCUAUCUACCUCCACCUCCUGUUGCUCUUUGUAAGCCAACUCAUUAAUCGAAAAAACAUGUUUGUUACAGUUAGAUCAAUGCUCUCAGCUGUUCUUAUCAGACUGGGGGCUUAGCACCAGAUCCUUGCUGAGUCCUAAAUGGCACCCUAUUCCCUUUAUAGUGCACUACUUUUGACCAGGGCCCAGGGCUCUAUUUGGGACGUGGAUUCUGAGUACCAAUUAUCAAAUACUCAGCAGUGCAUGAGCAGGCAUGAAAUUGCGAUUCAAUUAAAGUUCCCCCUCACUCAGAUUUUCAGAACCUAAUUUAUAUGGUCUGGUGGCCCAACUCUUUGAUCCGAGCAUAAGUGGAUUUAGAGAUUGUGGCGUUUGGGGGUGCUGGCUGGUACCCUUUUCACACUACUGAGCUAAACUGUGCUGAGCCAUGCUGAGCUGUACUGCGCUGGCCUAGUUAUGCAUCCACCAUAGUUGCUGAAAACAUGUUGGAAAGUACAAUGUGAAAAGAAAAUAGAGCAAGUACGUUACGGUUCAUGUCGGCCCUGUAGUGUAAAUCAGGCAUGGUUGUGUGUUGUCUGUGUGCUGCUACUCAUCAUAUUCUCCUUUCUCUGCCCCCGCUCCGCUUCUCACCCUCUCCACUCCUCUCCUCUCCUCUCUUGUACCCCUCCGGCUCUGACAGAUUCAGACAGCGGCAUCACACACAGCCAUAUGGGCUACCUGGUGUCGAAGACCUACAGUGUGUCGGAGGAUGGAUAUGGCUGCCUGUCGGGGCUCAUCCCAGCCCUGGAGCUCAUGGCGCUGUACGUGGCUGCAGCCAUGCAUGACUACGACCACCCUGGGAGGACCAACGCUUUCCUGGUGGCCACAAGCGCACCACAGGUAGCCUACAACCUGUUCUCCUUCUCUCUCUCAAACCCAGUUCAACUCUUCUUCACGGAUUGCUUCACAAGUAAACAUUGUCCUGUGUGGCUCAGUUGGUAAGAGUGUGGCCCUAGCCACGGCAAGGUUGUGGGUAAAAUUUUGGCAUGGAUCACAUAUGGAUAAUACUUACAUUGGAUAUAUGUAGGUCACUUUGGAUGAAAAAAUAUAUUUAUCUCCCUCUCUCCCUUUUCCAGGCAGUGCUGUAUAACGACCGGUCGGUGUUGGAGAACCACCACGCCGCCUCGGCCUGGAACCUGUUCAUGUCCUGUCCUGAGUAUAACUUCCUAGUCAACCUGGACCACGUGGAGUUCAAACGCUUCCGCUUCCUGGUCAUAGAGGCCAUCCUCGCCACUGACCUCAAAAAACACUUUGACUUCCUGGCCGAGUUCAACGCCAAGGUAUAUUCUUUGGAGACCUUAGAGACUUUAAGAGAUGUAUAUAAAGACAUGGGCUACAAUUAUAAUCAAACCCGCCAUAGCAAUCUGAAAAGUGAAAACCUGGGAUUAAAAUAAAGUUAUAUCUGUGAUGGGAGUCAGUAGCUAUAGGUUAGGUUUUCAUACAGUACCCAAGACCAUUCUGUGAGUGUCAGGGCGUGUGUAGGUGUGGUGUAGGAAAUCAGAUGCAGGACGCAGACGGUAGGUUCCAAAAGCUGUAUUCCGACCCAAACACAGGCAACAGGGCAACAAAGCCCAACAGCUAAACUACGCCCAAGGCGUGUAGGCAAAAUGCGCACAAACAGGUGCGACAAAAUAUGUAGUGCACGAAACAAGUGCAAACGAGCUCCAGCGCAGUGGAGAGAAAUAGGCUCAACCGAGCAAACACAACACUGACGAAAACAAUCACACACAACACAAGACAAACACAACGAGAAACUUAUAGGACACUAAUCACGUAAAACAGAAACAGGUGUGACACAAACAGACAAAAGCAAACGAACAUGAAAACAUAAAUCGGUGGCAGCUAGAAUUCCGGAGACGACGAACGCCGAAGCCUGCCCGAACAAGGGAGAGAGGCAGCCUCGGCCGAAACCGUGACAGUACCCCCCCCCUUGACGCGCGGCUCCAGACGCGCGCCGACUCCGGCCUUGGGGACGACCCGGAGGCCGCGGCGCAGGGCGCGUCGGAUACCCCCGAUGGAAUUCCGUCAGGAGCGACGGGUCCAAGAUGUCUCUCCUCGGCACCCAGCACCGCUCCUCCGGACCGUACCCCUCCCACUCCACUAGAUACUGAAGACCCCCUCUCCGACGUCUAGAAUCCAAGAUGGAUCUCACGGUGUACGCCGGUGCCCCCUCGAUGUCCAACGGGGGCGGGGGGGGUCUCCAAGAUCUCAUGUUCUUGGAGCGGGCCUGCUACCACCGGCCUGAGAAGGGACACAUGGAACGAGGGGUUAAUACAUUUAUACUCCACUGGCAACUGUAAUCUAUAACAAACCUCGUUCAACCUUCUCAGGACUUUAAAUGGCCCUACAAACCGCCGACCCAGUUUCCGACAGGGCAGGCGGAGGGGCAGGUUUCUGGCAGAGAGCCAGACUCGAUCUCCAGGUGCGUACACAGGCCCCUCACUGCGGUGUAGGUCGGCGCUCGUCUUCUGUCGACGUAUGGCACGCUGCAGAUGGACGUGUGCAGCGUUCCACGUCUCCUCCGAGCGCCGCACCCACUCAUCCACAGCGGGGGCCUCGAUCUGGCUCUCAUGCCAUGGUGCCAGAACCGGCUGGUACCCUAAAACACACUGAAAAGGGGUUAGUUGGGUGGAGGAGUGGCGAAGAGAGUUCUGUGCCAUCUCAGCCCAGGGCACAUAUCUCGCCCACUCCUCCGGCCGGUCCCGGCAGUAUGUUCUGAGAAACCUGCCCACAUCCUGGUUUACGCGUUCCACCUGCCCAUUACUCUCCGGGUGGUAACCCGAGGUGAGACUCACCGAGACCCCCAACCGCUCCAUAAAAGCUCUCCAGACUCUGGAGGUGAAUUGGGGACCCCGGUCAGCCACAAUGUCCUCGGGCACCCCGUAGUGCCGGAACACAUGAGUGAAUAGUGCUUCGGCGGUUUGUAGGGCAGUAGGAAGACCCGGCAUGGGGAGCAAACGACAGGCCUUAGAGAACCGAUCCACAACGACCAGGAGUGUAGUAUUCCCUUGAGAGAGGGGAAGGUCAGUUAUAAAAUCCACCGAGAGGUGGGACCAUGGUCGUUGUGGAACGGGCAGGGGUAGUAACUUACCCCUAGGCAGAUGUCUAGGCGCCUUACACUGGGCGCACACCGAGCAGGAGGAAACAUAAACCCUCACAUCCCUGGCCAACGUAGGCCACCAAUAUUUGGCACUAAGACAGUGCACUGUCCGGCCGAUACCCGGAUGUCCAGAGGAGGGUGACGUGUGAGCCCAAUAGAUCAAUCGAUCCCGACACUCGAGCGGAACAUACUUCCGACCCUCCGGGCAUUGUGGUGGACUAGGGUCGGUGCGUAAUGCCCGCUCGAGCUCAGAAUCGAGCUCCCACACCACCGGUGCCACUAGACACGACUCCGGCAGUAUGGGAGUGGGCUCCACGGACCUCUCCUCCCCGUCAUACCGCCGAGACAGUGCAUCUGCCUUACCGUUUUGUGACCCAGGGAUGUAGGUGAUCUUAAAAGAGAAACGGGUCAAAAACAUACUCCAUCUAGCCUGUCGAGGGUUCAGCCUCCUCGCUGCCCGGAUGUACUCCAGGUUACGGUGGUCCGUCAAAAUGAGGAAAGGGUGUUGAGCCCCCUCAAGCCAGUGCCUCCACACCUUAAGGGCUUGGACCACAGCUAACAGCUCCCUGUCCCCUACGUCAUAAUUUCGCUCCGCCGGGCUGAGCUUCUUGGAAUAGAAGGCAACGGGGCGGAGUUUAGGUGGCGCGCCUGACCGUUGGGACAGCACGGCGCCAAUACCGGCUUCAGACGCGUCCACCUCUACCUGAAAUGGUAAAGAGGGAUCCGGAUGCGCCAGCACCGGAGCCGAGGUGAACAGGUCCUUCAGCUUCUUAAAAGCCCUGUCCGCCUCGACUGACCACUGCAGACGCACCGGGCCCCCCUUUAAGAGAGACGUGAUGGGAGCUGCCACCUGCCCAAAACCCCGGAUAAACCUCCGGUAGUAAUUCGCAAACCCCAAAAACUGCUGCACCUCUUUCACAGUGGUUGGUGUUUGCCAAUUACUCACGGCUGACACUCGGUCUACCUCCAUCUUCACCCCUGACGCAGACAACUGAUACCCCAAGAAGGAAAUCGACUCCUGGAAAAACAGACACUUCUCUGCCUUCACAUACAGGUCGUGCUCCACCAGCCUCCGCAACACUCUGCGCACCAGGGCCACAUGCUCGACACGGGUAGGUGAGUACACGAGGAUGUCAUCUAUGUACACCACCACUCCCUGUCCCUGCAUGUCCCUGAAGAUCUCAUCCACGAAUGAUUGGAAAACUGACGGAGCAUUCAUCAACCCGUAUGGCAUGACGAGAUACUCGUAAUGGCCCGAGCUGGUACUAAAGGCUGUUUUCCAUUCAUCAUCCUUCCUGAUGCGCACCAAGUUGUACGCGCUCCUGAGAUCUAAUUUCGUGAAGAAACGCGCCCCAUGCAACGACUCAGUCAUGGUCGCAAUCAGCGGGAGUGGAUAACUAUACUUCACCGUAAUCUGAUUGAGACCACGGUAGUCGAUGCACGGACGCAACCCCCCAUCCUUCUUCUUCACGAAAAAGAAACUCGAGGACGCGGGGGAAGUGGACGGCCGUAUGUAUCCUUGUCUCAGUGAUUCGUCUAUGUAAACCUCCAUAGCUUUCUUCUCCUCCUGAGACAGAGGAUACACAUGACUCCGUGGGAGCGCAGCUCCUGCCUGAAGGUCUAUCGCACAAUCCCCCUGCCUAUGGGGUGGCAAUCGCGUCGCCCUCGCCUUACUAAACGCGAUAGCCAGAUCCCCAUACUCAGGUGGAAUGUGCAAUGCGGGCACCUGGUUUGGACUUUCCACCGAGGUAGCCCCUAAGGAAACGCCCAAACAUCUACCCACACACUGAGCAGACCACUCCUUCAGAGCCCUCUCCUGCCACGAAAUAACGGGGUUAUGGGUACUUAACCAGGGCAUGCCCAGCACCACCGGAUACGCAGGAGAGUCAAUCAGAAACAGUUGUAUUAUCUCCUGAUGACUCCCCUGCGCACACAUCCUAAGUGGCGCCGUGACCUCCCUGAUUAAGCCCGUACCCAACGGACGACUAUCUAGGGCGUGAACGGGAAAAGGAACUUCCACAGGGAGAAGGGGAAACCCUAACUCUAAACAAAACUUCUUAUCAAUGAAAUUCCCAGCCGCGCCUGAAUCUACCAGCGCCUUACACUGGGAAUGAGGUGCCACCUGCGGAAAACACACAGGCAUACAAAAAUGGGCAACAGUGAGCUCUGGGUGAGUGGGGCGCCUACUCACCUGGAGGGAAUCCCCAGUGCGGGACCUGUCGUCAUCUCCCCGAGGAGGCCAUCCCCAGCACCUAGCCGCGGUGUGUCCUCCCCGACCACAGUUGGUGCAGUGGAUGGACCCCCCACUCUGCCGACUCCUCCUACCUCUAGCGCCAGCGCCCCCGAGCUCCAUAGGACACGGCUCGGGUGCGCUGGAGGAUGGAAUGGACGGACCCCCCUCAGGACGUCCGCGGGUAGCCAAUAGGUUAUCCAACCUAAUUGACAUGUCGACCAGCUGGUCGAAAGUGAGACUGGCGUCCCGACAGGCCAGCUCCCGACGGACGUCCUCUCUGAGGCUACAUCGGUAGAGAUCGAUGAGGGCCCGAUCAUUCCACCCUGCAUCUGCCGCUAGAGUACGGAAUUCGAGUGCGAAUUCCUGGGCACUCCUCCUCCCCUGCCUAAGGAAGACCAGACGCUCCCCCGUCGCUUUCCCCUCCGGGGGAUGGUCGAACACCGCCCUAAAGCGGCGGGAGAACUCGGUGUAGGUAAUGGUCGUGGCGUCGAUCUUCCUCCACUCCGCGUUGGCCCACUCCAACGCUUUACCGGCCAGGCAGGAGAUUAGGGCGGACACGCUCUCAUGCCCUGAAGGUGCCGGAUGGACUGUGGCCAGGUACAGCUCGACCUGGAGCAAGAACCCCUGACACCCAGCCGCUGUCCCGUCGUAAGCCCUCGGGAGAGAUAGACGGACUCCUCGAUGUUCCGGUGCUGGAACGGGCGGGCUGGCCGAUGGUGCUGGCUGGGCGGGUGGUGGUGGAGGCGAACCCCAGCCUCGGAGUGUGGAAAUAACCUCCUGCAGGGCGUUCCCCAUCUGCAGGAGUUGCUCCUGCUGAUCCCGAACCUGGGCUUCCAGUCUUGUCUGGGCUGCUUCUGCUCCUGCUGAUUCCAUGGGUGGUGUGUGAUUCUGUCAGGGCGUGUGUAGGUGUGGUGUAGGAAAUCAGAUGCAGGACGCAGACGGUAGGUUCCAAAAGCUGUAUUCCGACCCAAACACAGGCAACAGGGCAACAAAGCCCAACAGCUAAACUACGCCCAAGGCGUGUAGGCAAAAUGCGCACAAACAGGUGCGACAAAAUAUGUAGUGCACGAAACAAGUGCAAACGAGCUCCAGCGCAGUGGAGAGAAAUAGGCUCAACCGAGCAAACACAACACUGACGAAAACAAUCACACACAACACAAGACAAACACAACGAGAAACUUAUAGGACACUAAUCACGUAAAACAGAAACAGGUGUGACACAAACAGACAAAAGCAAACGAACAUGAAAACAUAAAUCGGUGGCAGCUAGAAUUCCGGAGACGACGAACGCCGAAGCCUGCCCGAACAAGGGAGAGAGGCAGCCUCGGCCGAAACCGUGACAGUGAGUUUAUUUGACCAUGGGAAAAAAGGCUACUGCCCUCAUACUGAAAAGGAGGUUUGAAUGAAUAAAAUAAAAUAAAAAAUGUUACAUGCGCCGAAUACAGGUGUAGACUUUAUCGUGAAAUGCUUACUUAUGAGCCCUUUCCCAACAAUGCAGAGUUAAAAAGUAAGCAACUAAAAAAAGUAUUAUUAUUAUUAAUAAUUUAAAAAGGAAAUAGUAACAAAAUGAAAUAACAGUAAUGAGGCUAUAUACAAGGAGUACUGGUACCGAGUCAAUGUGCGGGGCUACGAGGUAGUUGAGGUAAUUUAGGUAAAAUGUACAGUGCAUUCGGAAAGUAUUCAGACCCAUUCACUUUUUCCACAUUCUGUUACGUUACAGCCCUAUUCUAAAAUUGAUUAAAUACUUGUUUUACUCAUUAAUCUACACACAAUACCCAUAAUGACAAAGCGGAAACAGGUUUUUAGAUUUUUUUGCAUAUAUAAAAAAAUAUUUAAAAAAUACCUUAUUUACGUAAGUAUUCAAACACUUUUCUUUGAGACUCGAAAUUGAGCUCAGGUGCAUCCUGUUUCCAUUGAUCAUCCUUGAGAUGUUUCUACAACUUGAUUGGGUUCCACCUGUGGUAAAUUAAAUUGAUUGUACAUGAUUUGGAAAGGCACACACCUGUCUAUACAAGGUUCCACAGUUGACAGUGCAUGUCAGAGCAAAAACCAAGCCAUGAGGUCGAAGGAAUUGUCCGUAGAGCUCCGAGACAGGAUUGUGUCGAGGCUCAGAUCAGGGGAAGGAUACCAAAACAUUUCUGCAGCAUUGAAGGUCCUCAAGAACACAGUGGCCUCCAUCAUUCUUAAAUGGAAGAAGUUUGGAACCACCCAGACUCGUCCUAGAGCUGGCCGCCCGGCCAAACGGAGCAAUCGGGGGAGAAGGGCCUUGGUCAUGGAGGUGACCAAAAUCCUGAUGGUCACUCUGACAGAGCUCCAGAGUUCCUCUAUGGAGAUGGGAGAACCUUCCAGAAGGACAACCAUCUCUGCAGCACUCUACCAAUCAGGCCAGACGGAAGCCACUCCUCAGUAAAAGGCACAUGACAGCCCGCUUGAAGUUUGCCAAAAGGCACCUAAAGGACUCUCAGACCAUGAGAAACAAGAUUCUCUGGUCUGAUGAAACCAAGAUUGAACUCUUUGGCCUGAAUGCCAAGCGUCACGUCUGGAGGAAACCUGGCACCAUCCCUACGGUGAAGCAUGGUGGUGGCAGCAUCAUACUGUGGGGAUGUUUUUCACCGGCAGGGACUGGGAGACUAGUCAUGAUCGAGGGAAAGAUGAACACAGCAAAGUACAGAGAAAACCUGCUCCAGAGUGCUCAGGACCUCAGACUGGGGCAAAGGUUCACCUUACAACAGGACAAUGACCCUAAGCACACAGCCAAGACAACACAGGAGUGGCUUCGGGACAAGUCUCUGAAUGUCCUUGAAUGGCCCAGCCAGAGCCCGGACUUGAACCCGAUCUAACAUCUCUGGAGAGACCUAAAAAAAGCUGUGCAGCGACGCUCCCCAUCCAACAUUUACAUUUACAUGUUACAUUUAUGUCAUUUAGCAGACGCUCUUAUUCAGAGCGACUUACAAAUUGGUGCAUUCACCUUAUAGCCAGUGGUACAACCACUUUCCAAUGUUUUUUUUUUUUUUUUUUUGGGGGGGGGGGGGGGGGGGGGGGUUGGAUGAGGUCCUGGAUGUAUAGAGGUCCUGGAUGGCAGGAAGCUUGGCCCCAGUGAUGUGCUGGGCCGUACGCACUACCCUCUGUAGUGCCUUACAGUCAGAUGCCGAGCAGUUGCCAUACCAGGCGGUGAUGCAACCGGUCAGGAUGCUCUCGAUGGUGCAGCUGUAUAACUUUUUGAGGAUCUGGGGACCCAUGCCAAGUCUUUUCAGUCUCCUGAGAGGGAAAAGGUGUUGUCGUGCCCUCUUCACGACUGUCUUUGUGUGUUUGGACCAUGAUAGUUUGUUAGUGAUAUGGACACCAAGGAACUUGAAACUCUCGACCCGCUCCACUACCGCCCCGUCGAUUUGAAUGGGGGCAUGUUCAGUCCUCCUUUUCCUGUAGUCCACGAUCAGCUCCUUUGUCUUGCUCACGUUGACAGGCAAUAUCCUCAUUUUACUCUCAUUACUGACUAACCCAUAAGAAUACUCAGACUCCCCCUAACCCCCGCGGCAUUUCAUGAAAUCUUAUUUGCGGACUGAAUUCUGCUGCUAUCAUUUGUGGGGCUGAGUCUUUCCACUGUUCUGUAUUAAAGCACUGCUGGUGGUGGGUGGUUAGGCUCUGCCAGUUUAUACAACAGAGUGCUGGCCUGCCACCAAAGCUAGCAGUGUUAUGCCCAUUCAGUGUGUGUAUGCGUGCGUGUCUGUGUGUGUGGCACCAAAGCUAACCGAAACAAUGCUGUGCCUGUCAUGCUGGCUCUGUUGUAACACACACACACAGCUCCCCCCCCCCCACACACACACACACACACAAAGGCGCCUGACUACACUGGCUUUGCACGCCUUCCCCUCCUAUUACUAGAAACCAAAUUAAGCUUUCUCUGAAAAAACCCAUUGAAUUAGCUGUUGAUGUAGCUGCUCCUGCCCUCAGUGGUUACUGCGUUAGCAUGAUAAGACACACUCAUUAGGCCUACCUAGAAAUUAUGUAUCCAUUAAAAAAGAAAAAUGUUUGGGGAAGAGAAUUCAUCCACUUUAUGGUUAACUUCAAUAACUUCAUUAAGCUGAUUUCACAGCACAGAACAGUAACAUAGUGGGCAUUAAAGGGGGAGUCCAAAAUAGGGAAUGUUGGAGCUAUGUCAUUUUAAAUCAGGAAUCCAAUUUCAAUUUUACAUUCUUCGUGAAAUUAUUUGCAACUUGAUCUACCAUGUUUGUUAUUGAAUUGCAUGCACAUAUUUUUUCAGAUAUGUGCUGGAUACAACGUUUUAUACAGUAUGUCCCCUGCUGUCCCGUGGUACCAUAUAAGUUCAUAAAGUAUUUAUAAAGCAACAUAUUUUGUCUCUGUCUGUUCUUAUAGGUGGGUAAUGACAUGACGAGGGGCAUUGAUUGGUCCAAUGAGAACGACAGACUCCUUGUGUGUCAGAUGUGCAUCAAGCUAGCUGACAUCAACGGUCCACUGAAACACAAGGACCUGCACCUACAGUGGACCAAGGGCAUCGUGGAUGAGUUCUAUGAACAG